UAAAAAGAGCUGAGAAUGGAAUUCUCGAUGCUGUAUAUGAAAGACGCUGCCAAGAUGCGCAUUCGACUGGUUUUUGUACUCGCGCACAUUCAGUUCAAUUUAAUAGGCAUAUAUGCCCAUCCAUUUAAAUUGACCCUCUAUAGGACCAAGACCCCCUCCUAUGUGAUGCGCGGAUCAAUGGACUCGCCAGUCAAGCCAGUGGACUAUUGCCAAAAAGGACUCUGCCCGAAAGGAGUACGUCACAUUUGCUGUAAUAACGAGUUUUGGGGUGACAACUGUCCCAAGCCGCGCGAGGGCGUCAACAUGGAAAGGUAUCGGACUACCAUACUGGACCAUCAUAAUAAUCUAAGGAAUCGUAUGCACAUGAAAAUGAAUCAUUUGCCAUCAGCGGUAAAACUUCGCCACCUCCGUUGGGACGAAGAACUCUCCGUAGUGGCCAUGCGGGUUACAAACUUUUGCAACAAUAUUACGGCCAGUAAUUGUGUGAAUAUUCCACGUUUCUUGAACGUGGCUCAGAGCUCCGACACCAAUCGAGGAGAAUCAUUGGUGGAUCAAUAAAAGAUGAACUCUGCGCGAAGGUUGUCGACCAGUCCUCCGAUGAAUAUCUGCCAGGAUAAAAGGAUAAAGUGGCUCAUUGGAUACGCUAGGAAUCCCAGAGUGGAUUGUUGCGAUUGAUUUGUUGCAGAUGGGCAGAUGCCAAAUUAAAGCGAGGAAGGACAACCCCAAGUUUAUAAGUGGGUUUUUGUUGCCGUGUUGAUAUCAAGGGAUUCGGCUAAGAUUUAUCCAUUUCGAUGAUUAUAUUCGCUGAAAACAUUUCCAGUGAAUAUAUUUUGGUUCGGCAUCUCCGGUUCUCUUUAUGAAGAAAUAA